AUGGAUCUCCUUCCCCCCAAGCCCAAGUACAACCCACUUCGGAAUGAGUCUCUAUCAUCGUUGGAGGAGGGGGCCUCAGGGUCCACCCCCCCGGAGGAGCUGCCUUCCCCAUCAGCCUCAUCCCUGGGGCCCAUCCUGCCACCUCUGCCUGGGGACGACAGUCCCACUACCUUAUGCUCCUUCUUCCCCCGGAUGAGCAACCUGAAGCUGGCCAACCCAGCUGGGGGGCGCCUGGGGCCAAGGGGGGAGCCAGGAAGGACAGCCGAGGAUGGGGAGGGGAUCGCAGGGGCAGCCAUGCUGGACUCAGGCCCCCUGCACCUCCUCCAGGACAUGAACAAGCUGAGUGGAGGCGGCGGGCGCAGGACUCGGGUGGAAGGGGGCCAGCUGGGGGGCGAGGAGUGGACCCGCCACGGGAGCUUUGUCAAUAAGCCCACGCGGGGCUGGCUGCAUCCCAACGACAAAGUCAUGGGACCUGGGGUUUCCUACUUGGUUCGGUACAUGGGCUGUGUGGAGGUCCUGCAGUCCAUGCGUGCCCUGGACUUUAACACCAGAACUCAAGUCACCAGGGAGGCCAUCAGUCUGGUGUGUGAGGCUGUGCCGGGUGCUAAGGGGGCAACAAGGAGGAGAAAGCCUUGUAGUCGCCCGCUCAGCUCCAUCCUGGGGAGGAGUAACCUGAAAUUUGCUGGCAUGCCAAUCACUCUCACAGUCUCCACCAGCAGCCUCAACCUCAUGGCAGCUGACUGCAAACAGAUCAUCGCCAACCACCACAUGCAAUCCAUCUCGUUUGCAUCCGGCGGGGACCCGGACACAGCUGAAUAUGUUGCCUAUGUUGCCAAAGACCCCGUGAAUCAGAGAGCCUGCCACAUCUUGGAGUGUCCUGAAGGGCUUGCCCAGGACGUCAUCAGCACCAUUGGCCAGGCCUUUGAGUUGCGCUUCAAACAGUACCUCAGGAACCCACCCAAGCUAGUCACUCCCCAUGACAGGAUGGCUGGCUUUGAUGGCUCAGCUUGGGAUGAGGAGGAGGAAGAGCCACCUGACCAUCAGUACUAUAAUGACUUUCCGGGAAAGGAACCGCCUCUUGGGGGGGUGGUAGACAUGAGGCUUCGCGAAGGAGCUACCCCAGGGGCUGCUCGACCCGCUCCGGCCAGUGCCCAGACCCCUAGCCACUUGGGGGCUACGCUGCCGGUGGGGCAGCCUGUGGGAGGAGACCCAGAAGUUCGAAAACAGAUGCCACCUCCACCAUCCUGCCCAGCCUCCCUUUCCUUGGCAGGUAGAGAGCUCUUUGAUGAUCCCUCCUAUGUCAACGUCCAGAACCUAGACAAGGCCCGGCAAGCAGGGGGAGGGGGCGGGCCUCCCAAUCCUGCCAUCAACGGCAGUGCGCCCCGGGACCUCUUUGACAUGAAGCCCUUUGAAGAUGCCCUUCGGGUGCCUCCACCUUCCCAGUUAGUGUCCAUGGCUGAGCAGCUCCGAGGGGAGCCCUGGUUCCAUGGGAAGUUGAGCCGGCGGGAGGCUGAGGCGCUGCUGCAGCUCAACGGGGACUUCCUGGUACGGGAGAGUACAACCACGCCCGGCCAGUAUGUGCUCACCGGCUUGCAGAGUGGUCAGCCCAAGCAUCUGCUUCUGGUGGACCCUGAGGGUGUGGUUCGGACAAAGGAUCACCGCUUUGAGAGUGUCAGUCAUCUCAUCAGCUACCACAUGGACAAUCACUUGCCCAUCAUCUCUGCGGGCAGCGAACUGUGUCUACAGCAGCCUGUGGAGCGGAAACUGUGA